GCGACAGCGGACGGCGCCGCCCGGGCCCGGACGGCUGCAGCCCGCGGCCGCAAGCGGGUCCCGAGCGCUUCUGGCUGUCGCCCCGUCUCCGUGCCCCGUCCCAGGGCGGCAUGAGCCCUCGGCCGCAGCCUUAGCGCCCGCUCCUCCGCCCGGGCGGCCGGGCUGCGGUGACGGGGGCUCGCUGCGAGGGUCGGGGCCAUGAAGCCGAGUGCGGCCGGGACGGCGAGGGAGCUGGAGCCGCAGGCGCCGGCCCGGGGCGAGCCGCGCGCGCUGGAGCCUGAGGGGCGCUGGCGGGAGAAAGGCGAGGCGGACACAGAGAGGCAGCGCACUCGGGAGCGGCAGGAGGCCACGCUGGCCGGGCUGGCGGAGCUGGAGUACCUGCGCCAGCGCCAGGAGCUGCUGGUUCGAGGCGCCCUGCGUGGCGCUGGGGGCUCGGGAGUCGCUGCGCCCCGCGCUGCGGAGCUGCCGGCGGAGGCGGCGCAACGCAGCCGCCUGGAGGAGAAGUUCUUGGAGGAGAAUAUCUUGCUGCUGCGGAAGCAAUUGAAUUGUCUGAGGAGAAGAGAUGCUGGUUUGUUGAAUCAGUUGCAAGAACUUGACAAGCAGAUAAGUGACCUGAGACUAGAUGUAGAAAAGACAUCUGAAGAGCACCUGGAGACGGACAGUCGGCCCAGCUCAGGGUUUUAUGAGCUGAGUGAUGGGGCUUCAGGAUCCCUUUCCAAUUCCUCUAACUCGGUCUUCAGUGAGUGUUUAUCCAGUUGUCAUUCCAGCACCUGCUUUUGCAGCCCCUUGGAGGCAACCUUGACUAUCUCAGAUGGUUGCCCCAAAUCUGCAGAUCUCAUAGGAUGGUUGGAAUAUAAAGAAGGCCACUGUGAAGACCAGGCCUCAGGGCCAGUUUGCCAUACCCACUCCACAUCACAAUUUAAUUCCCUUGGUAUCAUUGCAGAUGUGAAUCCCAAGUACCAGUGUGAUCUGGUGUCUAAAAACGGGAACGAUGUGUAUCGCUAUCCCAGCCCACUUCAUGCCGUGGCGGUGCAGAGCCCAAUGUUUCUCCUUUGUCUGACGGGCAACCCUCUGAGGGAAGAGGAGAAGCUUGGUAACCAUGCCAGUGACCUUUGUGUGGGAUCUGAGCUGGACGCCGUCAAGACAGACACUUCCUUGCCAUCUCCAAGCAGUUCGUGGUCUGCUCCCCAUCCUUCGUCCAGUAAGAAAAUGGAUGGCUACAUUCUGAGCCUGGUCCAGAAAAAAACACACCCUGUAAGGACCAACAAACCAAGAACCAGUGUGAAUGCUGACCCCACGAAGGGGCUUCUGAGGAAUGGGAGCGUCUGUGUCCGAGUGACUGGGGGCACCUCACAGGGCAACAGCGGGAACCUUAAGAAUUCUAAACAGGUGCUUCUGGCCUCUGGCGGAAUCCCUUCUUUGGACCUCGGGACGUUCUCCCCACCGAAGCAGUGGUCAAAGGAAUCCAAGGCAGAGCACGUGGAAAGCCAGAGGUUGUCCCCGCCGGAGGGCUGCUUGCCCGGCGCCGCCACUGAACUUCCAGCCAAGCAUCUGCCCAAAAAUGCCAAGCCCGCUUCCCAGGAACACGCCCGCUGUCCCACCGCUGUCCCAGGGGAGUCCCCCAAAGACAGCAUUCAGGUCCUAGGCGCCCCCGCCAAGGAGAGCCCCGGGAGGGGCCCCGCGCCGCCGCCGGAGGGCAAAGCCGUCCAGCCGCUGAAAAAGCUGUCGCAGAAGAGCGGCCCUCCGCCUCCCCCUCCGGCAGCGCCCCCUCCUGUGCCCGCGGCGCCGCUGCCUGCGGCUUUCGCCGUGGAAGAGCGGCCGGCGCUGGAUUUCAAGAGCGAGGGCUCCUCCUCCCAGAGCCUGGAGGAAGGGCCCCCGGCGAAGGCGCCGUCGGGCCUGGGCCCACAGGCCGCGGGCGGCAGGCCCCAUCGCGGCGCCCGGACCGCGGCCGUCCUGCGGGGCUCGGCCCCGAAGCACCGGGGCGCCCCGGCCCUCCACGGCCCGGACAGCGUGCUGCCCCCGGUAAGGGAGAAGAGCCGCGUGGCGGGGAAGAAGUGCCGGUUCCCCGACGACGCGGACACAAACAGGAAACUCAGGAAGGCCUCGUCCCGCGGGAGGAAGGGCGGGGGCGGCCAGCCCGAGGCGGGUCUCUCCAGCCGGCCGCCCGGCACGGGCCACAGGGCCGGGGGCAGGGCGCACGGCCAUGGCCGGGAGGCUCUGGUGGCCAAGCCCAAGCACAAGCGAACCGACUCGCGGCGCUGGCGCUCAGCCGCCGAGGUGUCCCUGGAAGAGGCCCUGCGACGGUCGCGGCGCGCCCGGCGCGAGCACGUGGGACUGUAUCCCGCCGCCGUGCCGCUGCCCUACGCCAGCCCCUACGCCUACGUGGCCAGCGACUCGGAGUACUCGGCCGAGUGCGAGUCGCUCUUCCACUCCACGGUGCUGGACACCAGCGAAGACGAGCGCAGCAACUAUACCACCAACUGCUUCGGGGACAGCGAGUCCAGCGUGAGCGAGGGUGAGUUUGCGGGCGACAGCACGAGCUCCAGUGACUCCGAGGAAAGCGGGGGCCUCAUCUGGUCCCAGUUCGUCCAGACCCUCCCCAUCCAGGCGGUCACGGCCCCAGACCUCCACAGCAACCCCACGAAAACCUUUGUCAAAAUUAAGGCUUCGCAUAACCUCAAGAAGAAAAUCCUCCGCUUUCGGUCCGGCUCUCUGAAACUCAUGACGACCGUCUAAGGAAUGCCGCUGGCGGGGAGAGCGGGGUGUUUUCUAGUUUUCUAGAGGAAAAGGUGGCGUCUUAUUUCUUUGUGUGACAGUUUCACGUAAUGCUUUCCUUUCCUUGAGGUUACCCUGAGGUCAGUUGUCUCGUCUUCAUCCUGUAGGGACACUAGUGCCUUUAAUGGAAGGUAAAGAAUGUUUUUUUGUUGGGUAGGAGUAAAUACUGGAUUUUUAAUGGUGGUGAUAGUGAAUUAAUUUUGUGGUAUCAGGUGAUUUUUAUCGGAAAUUCUCCGAGCAUCUGUGAAGGCACAGGUUUCGAUGGUCCAGUCUUACUGGGAUGGGACCUUUUGAUCUGAAGGUCAGGUUGAUGGAAUCUAGGAUAUACGUUUGCUUCUUGGUUCU